AUGGAUUAUACAAGCACUCUGUCUAUGCCCAGCAGUUUCAACGGUACGCCCACGAGUUCCACUACCGCGACGUCCACAGCGACGGCGAACGGGAACAACUCGAGUCUGUCGGGCCCAGGGGCCGCGGCUGCGGCAGGUACCAACGGUGCGUCCGGUGGUGGUGGUGGUAAUGCGCUCGGUGCUGGUGGCGGGCUGGCGUUGGGUAACAACGACCGCCACGCAGCAGCGAUGGAUGGGAUGGAUUUCUCAUAUGGGAGUGCUGGGAACUUCGAUUUUAGAAGCCACUACACUGACCCAUUCGGGUCAGCUGCUGCGGGGACCCCCGCAUCCAGAUCAAAACUGCCGCUGUCGCCCCCCGCCACUAAUGCAUCGCAUAAUAGCCAUACCACUACAAACAAUCUGGGAUUGAGUGUCAGUCCGACAACUCCACACGGCAACGUCAACCUCUCGAAACUCAGGAGGGACUCUAUCGCCCACUCGCAGGGGAUGGGUGGGGUCUCGUGGGGGUCCGUCACCAUCGGAUCCUGGCUGAGGGACGAGGUCAUGAUGAGACACAACACCGCUACUAAUGUCCCCGGGGUGCCUGCGACUGCACACCAACACCAGGGACAGGCGGUACACCAACACGGCACUGCGGGUAACAACAAGUACUUGAACGCAGGUAGAAACUCGAUCAGUUAUAGAAGACUCUCUACCAUCAACAACUUGAACAAGAACCUCGCCACGGGGGCUGCAAAUGCAGCGAAUGCAAGUGCUGCGCUCGCUGCAGGUCCGGGACACUCGCCACCGUUCAACAACAGCACGUACCUGCCCAGCUUGGAACAGCAGUACUGCAAGGACUACUCCUGCUGUGGUCUGUCCCUGCCAGGGCUACACGACCUGCUGAGACACUACGAGGAGGCUCACAUCACCACCCAGUCCUCCAGCAACGUCGCGCAACAGUUUGGUGGUGGGAAGAAAUAUUAUUCCGAAUCUAUUACGAAACCAGUCUCAGGUAAGCAACAGCACAACCACCGUAAACACAUCAUCCAACAGCAGCUGAAGAGCCCAGUGACUAACACGGACUCAGAGGACCACAUCAGCCGCAACAGCAACAACAGCAACAACGAUAACAACAACAACAACAGUACUACAAGUUCACAGAGCUCGACGGUGCAAACGUCGCUACAGAGUUUGAGGAACACGUCAAACCAGUCCCCACUGUCCCCCCUCAAGACUACACCAGUAAACAAGAACGCGAAAUUGGCCUCGAAGGACCCUGAUGCCGAUACAAACGCAAACGCAAACACAAACGUUUCCGGCCAGAUGUAUCUCAACGAUAACAACGAACUCGUGGACGCCGUAUCCACGAACGACGUGUUUCUAAACUCAAACAACUACUCGUUCUCGAAAAGCACAAUGAGCAACGACCCACACGCCGCCAAGCAUAACCGGCACGCAGAACAACACAACGAGCAGUCGAUACCGCAGCAAUCAGCGGUACAUUCAGCGUCAACCCUCGGCAGUGGGCGUCGGCGCACGUCUGCUGGUAUGGGCGACAUGGACCUCGACUUCAUGGACGACGAUAUACUCGGCGGCAUGGGCCUCUCUCAUAACAUCAACCACGUCAUGCCCUCUGCCGCGCUCCACGGGAACAACUCAAACAUGGCCAGUGGCGGGAACACGCAUCGCGACAACUCUUUGCUAAUGAACCACGGAGCUGCCGAAGAAGACGAUAUAGAGGAAGACGACGACGACGACGAUGAAGACGACGACGAGGAUGACGAGGAUGACGAUGAGAGAGAUCAACACGGUGACGAAGACAUGCUUUCGAACGGUAACGAGGACAACGAUCAUAGCCCCUUGAGCACACACGACUUGAAAAACGCAGAUAUUGGGAACAUCCUCAAAAACUCGUUCACGAACAACGGUAACUCUCAAUCCGAUGCAAACCACACUUUUGGAACAAAGGGAACGUCCAAGCUUGGGAACUUGAAUAUAAACGGUGUCGGUAGCCCGAACGGCGCAGUAAUGAGACCGCCCAGACAAGCGUACAUCGACGAUCCAGCUAGACGACUGUACGUGAUGGACCACGAGGAACACAAGCCGUUCAAAUGCCCGGUCAUUGGCUGCGAUAAGACGUACAAGAACCAGAACGGGCUCAAGUACCACAGAGCACACGGCCACCAGAACCAGAAACUGCACGAGAAUUCUGACGGAACGUUCACCAUAAUAGACCCAGAUUCCAACGAACCGUACCCGGAGGGGAUGGGCUACGAAAAGGAUAAGCCUUACCGUUGCGAAGUUUGCGGAAAGCGCUACAAGAAUCUAAACGGGUUGAAGUACCAUAGAGGCCACUCGACGCACUGA